CAUAGUGGCUCAUUUAUCUGCGAUUUACAGCGCAUCUCAUCUUCUGGAUCGCAUUGAAACGCACGUGACGCACAGCGCAGGAGUGUCCCGGGUGUGUCCAUCCACUGUCUCAUGUAUAUAAACCCCUCAGUUCCUCUGUGGAGCCAACAAUCAACAGGCAAGAUGAGUCUCAGUGCUAAAGACAAGGACACCGUGAAAACCUUCUGGGCCAAAGUGGCUCCCAGAGCGGGGGACAUUGGUGCUGAUGCUCUGUCCAGGAUGCUGGUGGUGUACCCGCAGACUAAGACUUAUUUCUCCCACUGGAAGGACCUGAGCCCCGGGUCUGAACCGGUGAUCAAGCACGGAGCCACCGUGAUGGGUGGAGUGGCUGAUGCUGUGUCCAAGAUCGACGACCUGACCGCAGGCCUGAUGGAGCUGAGUCAGCUGCAUGCCUUCACCCUGAGAGUGGAUCCUGCAAACUUCAUGAUCCUGUCUCACAACCUGAUGGUGGUCAUGGCCAUGCAGUUCCCCAGUGACUUCACCCCUGAGGUUCAUGUGUCCAUGGACAAGUUCCUGGCUGCUGUGGCUCUGGCCCUGUCUGAGAAGUACAGAUGAACUGCAGGCAGCAGCUCCAACCUGCAGGGAGACUGACUCUCUGUCAGUGA